UGUGCGCGUUAAUUGGAAUACAUAAUGAAAACAAAAUGAUCAAGUAGGUCUAAAUAAUAGGACAAUUCAUUAGAAUUUCUUAAAUUUCAUUUUCUAGAAAAAAAUCUAAAAGUGCAAAAGUUCGUAGAAAACACCACUGAGUUUUAAAACGGUGCACUUGGGUACGAGUUAUAUUUUAAACGCAUCAUGCUGAGCUGCUUGACAGACAAGGAGUGUAUACAUUUCAAUCAGCACAAACAACAAUAUCAGAUGACAGUUAAGCCUAAGUGCUUUUGUACAUGAUAAACAGAAUAACUGUAAUGAACAAAAUCCACACAGAGAACACAUAUCGUUUAAAAAGUGCGUAUCCUUACAGACAUCCAACAUCUUUUCUGAUGCCACGAAAGGUUUCCGUAUCGUUCUUUUUUGCCUGAGCGGAGUCUUCAACCACGCCGCGCGUUACUUCACUUGUUUUGUAUUCCUCUAAAUCCAGCGGAGUGCUCUUAUUGGUAGGUGCGAACGUUACAUCACAACGAUUAUGACGCGCCGUCUUCCUGCUUCCUUCAGCCGCGUCUUAAAGUGAAUCUUGUUGGUGCGAGCGCGCGCUCUCAGCCUCCUCCUGGCCGCGUGCGCUGAGACACACAGUUUUCAUCUACAGAGAGGAGCGGCGCACAAGAGCUCUUUCUCUGUCUCGCUCUCUCCGCUCUCGCUUGUCCUGAGAAAUUACAAUAUUCAUCACGGGGCGAACAACCCUCUCUAUUCUCUCCGUUGCACUUUUGAGAAGAAGCUCCAUUCGCUGUCAUCUUCAGAGUUCCCAGGGUUCUCGGGCUGUGCCCAGCUGACAGGCUUUCAAAGAUGGCACAAUAACAGUUCCAGUGAUGCCUGACCAUGACAGCACAGCCCUCUUAAGCAGACAAACCAAGAGAAGAAGAGUUGACAUAGGAGUGAAGAGGACUGUUGGGUCAACAUCUGUGGUUUUUACCCAAGAAAAAGCAACAUUUUUUAGUGCCAUGAAUCCCCACGGUUCCGACCAGGAUGUCGAGUGUUCAGUGGUGCAACACGCAGACGGCGAGAAGUCCAACGUGCUUCGUAAGCUACUGAAGAGGGCAAACUCCUACGAAGACUCUAUGAUGCCCUUUCCGGGGGCGACCAUCAUCUCUCAGCUUCUAAAAAAUAAUUUGACCAAAAACGGUGGCAGUGAGACUAUUUUCCAGGGGAGUGGCCUGUCAAGCACCGGUUCAGAGAUCCAGCAGGAGGAUGCUUGCAGCAAUUCCUCGCGGGGCAGCCCUCAGGAGUGCCUUUCGCCGUUCAGCAGGCCCUCCAUGACCCAGUUUGAAAUGGAGAGGCUAACGGAUGAGCAUCUCAGGGCCAAACGAGCCCGAGUGGAGAACAUCAUCCGCGGGAUGAGCCACUCGCCUAGCGUCACGCUCCGUGCCGGCGAUAACGAGCGAGAGGGGGUGCCCCAGCCCCCUAGUCCUCGUGAGAACUACCGGGAGAACAAGCGCAAGCAGAAGCUGCCCCAGCAGCAGCAGCAGAGUUUCCAGCAACUGGUCUCGGCCCGCAAAGAGCAGAAGCACGAGGAACGCCGACAGCUGAAACUGCAGCUGGAGGACAUGCAGAAGCAGCUUCGGCAACUGCAGGAGAAGUUCUAUCAGAUUUACGACAGCACUGACUCGGAGAAUGAUGAAGAUGGAAACAUGUCCGAAGACAGCAUGCGUUCUGAUGGAAUGGACAAUCGUGCUCAUGACUCUGUCCCAGACCGCUCCGAUAACGAGAUAUCUGACAUGGAUCCAGGGCACUUCUUGCAUCGAGCACGCGCACUCAUUCGCGAGCAGAACAUGGUGGACGGCGACAAGACCAAACGCGACGGGUCGCGAGGAAAGAGCCAGGGACCAACCACCAUGCACGCAGAGGGUAAACAGUUAGCCGAGACGCUAAAGCAAGAGCUAAACACAGCAAUGUCCCAGGUGGUGGACACAGUGGUGAAGGUUUUCGUAAAGCCUCCACGCCCGGUUCCUCAGGUUUUCCCACCCCUGCAGAUGCCCCCUGACCGCUACGCAGUCAAUGGAGAAAACCCAAACUUCCAUACUGCCAACCAGCGCUUGCAAUGCUUUGGUGAUGUCAUCAUUCCUAAUCCCCUGGACACUUUUGCCGGUAUGCAGGUGCCUAAUUCAAAUGACCAAACAGAGGCCCUGCCUUUAGUGGUGAGAAAGAGCUCCUCAGAUCAGACUGGAUCUCUGCCCACACCUGGGGGUCACCACCAUCACUCACUGCACCCCUCUCCUUUAUCUUCCACAAUGGGCUUUAGUCCCCCCUCCUUCCGCCAUCCUUUCCCUCUUCCUCUAAUGGGCUACCCUUUCCAUAGCCCCUUAGGUGCCCCAACAGGGCAUUACCCAGGAAAGGACAGAUGUUCUCCUGAGUCUCUGGAUCUGUCCAGAGAGACCACCAGCCUACGGACCAAGAUGUCGUCCAACCACCUCAGUCACCAUCGUUCUAUCUCGCCAACACACCCGGGCAACGAAGGCUUGUCUUUGUCCCUCAUCAAGUCAGAGUGCGGAGACCUUCAGGACAUGUCUGAUAUCUCUCCAUAUUCAGGAAGUACAAUCCAAGAGGGGCUUUCUCCGAACCAUCUGAAGAAGGCCAAGCUGAUGUUCUUCUACACGCGCUACCCCAGCUCCAACAUGCUGAAGAUAUUCUUCUCAGACGUGAAGUUCAACCGCUGCAUCACAUCUCAGCUGAUCAAGUGGUUCAGCAACUUCCGUGAGUUCUACUACAUCCAGAUGGAGAAGUUCGCCCGCCAGGCCAUCAACGACGGUGUGACGGGAGUCGAAGAGCUCAGCGUCAGCCGAGAAUGCGAACUUUUCCGCGCACUCAACAUGCACUACAACAAGGCCAACGAUUUUGAGCAGGUUCCGGAGCGAUUCCUGGAAGUGGCACAGAUCACAUUACGGGAGUUUUUCAAUGCCAUUGUGGCAGGCAAAGAUGUUGAUCCUUCCUGGAAGAAGGCCAUAUACAAGGUCAUCUGCAAGCUGGACAGCGAGGUCCCAGAGAUUUUCAAAUCUCCCAAUUGUCUGCAGGAGCUUCUUCACGAGUAGUGAUUUCAAUUGCUUACCAAGUAUAAGCCCUUCUUUUCCGAAUCUUUAUGAAGUAAGAGGUAGCAUUCCUAUUUUUAAACCCCAGCUACUUUGAAUGACUUAGCUGUUAAUUUUUUUGUGUUUUUUUGGGGGGAGUCUAUCAAAUUGAUUGUUUUGACUGUAGUAGAUCCCCCUCCUAUCCUUGCCUUUGAUAUGGGCAUUACAAUGUUUACCACAUGAUGGUUAACAAACGGAACUGACGCCCUGAUUUUUCUCUCUUUUAUUGGUCGUUUUGUUUAGGGCUUUGUUUUACCCUAGGAUGUUUGCCAUGUGUGAUGGUUUUACUAUUGCUAAAUACGACUUGCAUUUGUAGCUUGUAUAGAUGUAAUUAUUAUUUAUGAUUAAUAUAAUUAUUACCAUUAAUGUUAUUAAUGCUUGCUGCAAAAAAAGGAAGGAAAAACAAAAAAUCGACAUGUGAUAUUCUUGUUUCUCAUGGCAAUGCUACAUAAAAUAAAUUAUUCUUUGGACAAAAAAAUAAUACUAAUAAAAUGGGGUAUACAUUUUUCUAUGUGGGGAAAUUCAUAUAUAUGAUAUAAAUAUAUAUUAUAUUUGUUGUUAUUCUUGAAAGAAACACCAUGAAGUGUUUUUUAUUUUGUUUGUUUAGCCAUUCAAGCCAUUCUGUCUUGGCUAGGGUCCAAUGUUCUUGUGUUUUGUGUCCACAUUGAUAGCACUGGCUCUAGGGAGGGAGGCCUAGUCGUAGGUUUUUCCUUGACGGAGCAGCCUCUCCUGUAACUAAGCAACAUGGCCAUUUCAUACUGGGGCAAGCCAGUGCGGCACAAAAAGAUGGAGGCCUUCCCACUGAGAAACCAUUCUCGAUCAUAAAAAGCACACUGUCAAAAUUGCUAACAUAAACACAAGCGCAUACAAACAAAUACCAAAAUACACAUCCCUCUCAUACGUUUAACAGUCAGAAUUGUUGGGGUUGAUUUUCUCCACCUGCUGGCCUGGAACACCUCUAUAAUUGGACUGUAAAUUCUGUAGAUUAUUUUGAUUUUAGUGCACAAUACAGAGAAUAAUUCGAGGGUGGCACAAACUGAAACUUUCUUUUUUCUUUCUACUUACUGGAUUGUACAUAAUUUGUUAGAAAUGUACAGGUUUGCUUAAUAUUCACAAUCAUGAAUGGAGCUGCGGCAGUGUACAGUUUAUCAGUAGUCAAAUUUUCAUGCGAGUUUCAUGCUAGAGAGACUUUGUUUGAGGAAUUGUACAUUUAUAUGAUAUAAAUUCACAGAAGUUGUCUUUUUAAAAACAUUUACACUAGUAAAUCAUUUCCAUGACAUGUCCCUAAUAGCAGUUUGUUAAAACAGUGACCACUGAAGAAAAUGAAGCCUUUAGACACAGAAAUAAGAGUUGGCUGUAGAGGGCAAGAGCCGGACAUGUGAUCUGCUCUGGAAGAACCCGUGCCGUUUGCAUUGGGCAAAUCCAGCUGAUGAAUUGAAACGCAGGCCGGCAAUUAUUGUCAGCACAAUGCCUUAAAAAACCUGCUGACUUCUAGAUUAAUGGGCACAAAAGAGCAUGAGGUGCUGUCAUACUGUCGCCAGGGCUGGCAUCAUCCACAGCCCCCGGACUAGCAAAAACGGCAAGCUUUUCACUAUGCAUUGUUAAGAGGAGGAAAACAAAUCCUAAACAAUGUUAGGAGUUGAUCAAAGGAAGUGUUUGACACUGUUCUAUUCUCAAGUCUCUUUUACGUGCAUUGUGAGAUGAAUAAACAGUUCUUUAAACUUGUAAGAGAUUUUGUGUGUGUGGUAGUGAGAGGCACUAAUUUUUAUUUCACUGAUGACAUUUUGCAACAUUUCUUUGCCGGUUGUGUCAUGAGAGAUUUCAAAUUAUGCAUAAAGUGUUGGUUAGUGUACAAGCAGGCGUUGUGUAUACUUUUACACACUUAAUGAAGCUUAUAAUUGCCUGUACCUGGAUAACACCAGCUUUUCAUACAAAUUGUUAUAAAUAAAUGAACAUAAUGUUACUAAAACAAUACCGUUUAUGUAGUGACAUAGGCCAUUAUAAAAUCUAAACUUUAGCACAAAUUGAAAUGAAGCGUUAUAUUUUCCUAAUUUGAAACGAAAUGCACUCGGCAAGCUUUUGGAAAAUAACAGUACUUACUUUCAUGGCCCCACUGUGUACCCAAUUUCAUUGGAUGUUUAAUACUUGCAAGACUUUUAACACGGCACAGAGACUGUGUGCAGAAUAGGUGUGAGUGUGUGAGAGCGGGUGUUCGGUUUUGCAUGUUUGUGUGAAUACACAAAUGAUAGGAUGUUAGUUUUAGUUCCCAUAAGAAGAAAAAAAAAGAUCUUAUUUAUUGUUUCUCUUUAAUGUUUUGUUUUGUUUUAUUUGUAUUUAUCACUGUACUACAUUAUUGACCAGAGGCAGGUAACAUUCAACAUCUCAACCCUUUACUUGAUAUAAUUGCUAUUGUAUUUUUAGAAGUGCUAUGAUAUUUUCAAUGUUUGGAAGUUUGGUUGGCUGUCUGUCUGACAGAUUAUUCAUAUUUUGCUCCCCUUCUUCUCAGCUCUACUUCAGGGUUGCAGUCAAUAUAUUAAUCCGCUAACAGAAAUGAGACAGAUCUGUUUUUACACAUUUGCUAUGUAUUAGUAAAUUACAGUAAAUGUUGCAGUUUAAGUGUACAUUUCGCACUCCAUUAAGGUCAAUUGUUCUGGAAACCCUUCACGCCAGCUCCCUGAAACAUUUUAUUUAGGUUGAGGUAUACAGUACACAUUCAUCUCACCAUUGGUCAUUUAUCAUAAUUUUAUCUAUUUUGAUGAAAUCGAAAAUCCGUCAUGUGAUCACAAAGCUGUUAAGAUCUGAAUCAAUUGCCAAACAUGGUAUGGGACUGUUUUUUAUUACACUGAAAGGGAAGUUACAAAGAGAAAGAAAGAAACUUUGCAUAUUUCUGGGAUGGGAACACUUAUUUGUAUUGAAUGCAAUGUGUUGUACAAGAAUCUUGACUCUCUGUAGAUUUGAUGCUGUAUUUAUGAGGUGUGUGCUCUCUGUAGGGUUUUGAACAUGGUUUCACUGGCUUAAAGAUGUGUGUAAAUAUAGGCUACAGACAAAAAAUGAAACACUGCCUUUCUAUGAUUUAGCAAUAUGAUGUAAAUAGCAUUGUUAUGAUUUUUUGUAUGAGAUAAUUCUUUGAUUCUAGUAUAAUUCCAGCUGAAACUGUUACGAAUUAUAUUUCCUACAUUUUGAAGGAUACUCACAAUGACUUAUUUGAUCUGUACACAUAGUUUGUCAGCGGAAUGUCAAUUUCUCAUGCAGAAGUUUCAUAAUUUAUUGGUUUAAUUUAUCAUAAUUUAUUUGGUGAUGGUGUACAAUUUUGGUAUUUCUGGGGAUGUAUUGUAAUAUUAUUUGGUAGAAUGACACAACAUAACGCCCUCGUAAGGUUCUUAACUCUGUUGAGACAUAAAGAGACACUUAUGUCCAGGUAGCCAUUGUAAUUUCAGACACUAUAGUCAAAGACACUUGAUGAUGAAUAAAAGACAAAAAAAAGAGAGAAAAAGAAAAAAGUAUGUACAACUAAACUUUUCAUCUCUUGUUUGGAAGGUGAAACAAAUGUGUGUUUUGAAGUUUUUAUUUCUUGUCACUUAAUCAGACUUUUACCUUUUGCUUUUUACCACCUACAAUACAGUAGUCAAAGUGCCUCGUGUGCCUUCCAUCUCCUCGGAAACUGAAUGUAUGUGCAGUAUAUAUGCAAGCUUGUGCAAAAUAAAAUCCAAGUCCUAGAC